AUGGAAAACCAUCGACUGACUUGGCGAUGUUUAAUUUGUCAUAUUUUCAUUGCUUUGACACUGAAAGUGCUAUUGGGUCAUAUAAAUAAUAUACACUCAAAUGAACCAAAUUUUCAUAUUACCUGUAAUAUAAACCAAUGCCCCAAAACGUACGAUAAGUAUGACAGCUUUUACAGGCAUGUAACUAAAUGUCAUGCCCAGUUGUACCGAACAGGGGGACCACCACCGACUACUGAUUGCCAAGGCACAAGUACAGAGGGAGAUAGGGAAAUUACGACCACGGCCGAUGAGUACGUUAAUAUCAAUGCUACUAUUAGUGGUCCAGUCGUAGUCGAUGAUCCCACGACAAGAAAUGGACGAAGAAAGGAGUCUGCAGCUUUGUAUGUGCUCUCGUUAAAGGAACAGAAUUUACUAACACAGAAAACUGUGGAUUCCGUUGUCCAUGCAACAGAAGGGCUGAUGGAAAACUACCGUAGAAGAAUUUUAGAAGGUGUACGCAAUCAACUUCAGGAGCAGGACAUAGAUCCCAGUUUCAUUGGUGACGAUCUAAUGAAGGAAGACGUUUUUGAUGGCAUUAAUACACGAUUUAAGCUUGACAGAUAUGCUAGAAACCACUUCAGUUAUGUUGAACCCAAAGAAGUAGUUCUAGGGCACAGAAUUGGACAUAAGAAGAAAAACCACAAAAGGCAGAUGACCAUGGUGGAUGACACAUUCAUUUACAUUUCACUGUUGGACAGUUUAAAACAACUUUUAUCUAGUAAGCCAAUCUGCGACAUGAUUUUGUCCCCUCCACUAUAUGCUGAUCCGUCUGUGCUUAGUAAUAUGUGUGAUGGGCAUAUAUUCAGAUCUCAUCCCCUUUUUGUGGAACAUCAAACAGGUUUACAAAUAUUGCUAUAUUAUGAUGAAGCUGAAGUUGACAAUCCAAUUGGAAAUAAAGCUGGUAAGCACAAGCUCGGAAUGUUUUAUUACACUCUAGGAAACAUUAAUGUAAGAUACAGAUCUAAAUUGGAGGCAAUACGAUUAUUGGCUAUUAUAAAAUCACAAGAUAAAAAGAAAUAUGGCAUUGACAGAGUUUUAAAAGAAAUCCAAGCAAAUCUGACAGAACUUUCAAAUGGAGUUGAAAUGCAUGGUAGAGUUGUCCAUGGUGCAGCUAUUUCCUUUAGUGGAGAUACGUUGGCUGCUCAUGAAGUGGGUGGAUUUAAGGAAGGAGUUGGCUUUGCAUUUCAGAAAUGCAGGCACUGUGAAUGUACUUUUGAUAGGAUGCAAAACCACUUUAUAGAUUCUGAUUUUGUUACAUAUUGCCGUGAAAUGCAUGAAGUUAGAAUAGCUGAGAUAGAACGUGCAGCAACAGAUGAUCUGAGAAAUGUUUUGCGUACAGUAUAUGGCAUCAAUCGAAGAAGUGAAUUAACAAAUUUCCCUUAUUUUAAUGUUACAUCAAUGCUUCCUGAAGAUAUCAUGCAUGUUAUUCUUGAGGGUGUUGCACAAUAUGAAGUAAAAGAAUGUUUAAAGUUUUGGAUACAUAAUGCUGCAAAAUUUAGGUUAGAUGAGUUUAAUUUAAAAGUUAAACAUUUUGAUUAUGGUUACGCAUGCAUGAAAAGCAAACCACAAAUGCUUCAAUCAAAUUGCUUAGACAGUGAGGAUAACAAGCUUAAACAAAAUGCAGAUGAAAUGUGGACUUUACUGAAACAUUUAUUACUUAUAUUAAACGAGCUUUGUAUUUCUGAUGAUCCACACUAUACAUUCAUAAAGGAACUUGUGGAAAUAACCCAUAUUGCUUUCAGUCCAUGUGUGUGUGUCACAACAUUAGCAUGUCUUCGUGUGUUAAUUAAAGAGCAUCUUAAACAUUUUAAACAGCUGUUCCCUCAUCUAAGUAUUAUACCAAAACAACAUUAUCUUCUUCAUAUUCCAAAGCUGAUAUCUGAAUUUGGUCCUCUAGUUCAUGUUUGGUGUAUGCGAUUUGAAGGCAAACAUUCUUACUUUAAACGUCUUGCAAAACAACAAAAUCAUAUUAAUAUAUGUAAAUCUUUGGCAGAACGUAACCAGAAGAAAGAGCUGCGUGAAAGUCUUUCAAAACAGCACCCCUUAUUUUCAAAUGAAAGAGAAGUUGGUAGUUGCAAAGUGGUAAAUGGCGAAGAAAGAAAUUUGGCAGAAGAAAGAAUGACAGCAUUUAACAUUGAAAACAGUGACACAAUUUAUACUGCUAAUUGGGUUAAAAUUAAUGGGGUUAAGUAUUGUUGUGAAAAGGCUAUUGUAACUAGUGGCACGUCACCAGAAUGUAAUUUUCUACCUUUGUUUGGAAAGAUAAGGUAUAUUUGGAUUACAAAUUCACAUAUAUAUUUUGCAUUACAGUUGUAUGACACAGUUUCAUUUGAUGAAGAAAGGCAAUGCUAUGUUGUAGAGAAUCCUGACCUUCCAAGUGCGUUUGAGGUUGUUUCUGCAAAUCAGUUAUUGGACCACAGUGUGUACAACAUAUGCUGUGUUAAAAAUGAAAUGCUAAUUCCCAUACAUUACGAUUUGAUAGGCAAAAUAACUGAAUGGGCGUUAAAGUAAAACUGUGUUCCAUUAUGUUCCAUUAGCAUGUGUUGGUACUACAGUAUAUCAGACAUUUUUAUGUAUUUUUUAAUUUACAUACGUUUAUUUCUUCCAUGCAAGACGAUGCAAACACUCUGUUUCAAAAAACUAUAAAACUAUAAAAUGUCUUUAUAUAAUCCAAUGAUAGAGUACGAUAUACCUUUAAAUGUACCGAUCGUCAAACAGUUGAAGUGCUUGGGGGUAGCAUCUGGCCAUCUCUGCGUUCUAUUACAAUAACAUUUACCCAUUCCCCUUUGUGUGAGCUGUGUCCCUAGGGUUUCAUGGGCACCUUUCUACAUGUGUUAUGGGAGUGUCCUGAGGCUAUAUUUUGGAGCAGGUUUCUGCUACUUUUUCUACUAUUCUUGAUAGAGAAAUCCCUUUCUCUCUCAGUGUUAUUGUUAGAUGAUGACUCAUCUAUACAAAAGAAACGGAUUUGUUCGGCAGGUCUCACGGCGGCCAAAUGAAUGGUGGCGCUCUGUUGGUAGCCUCCAUAUUCCUUUCCCUGGCCUCAUUGGAUAGGUGCCUUUCUUAUACAUGUGGAGCUCUCCAGAUCCAUGGUGCCAGGGAGGGGGCAAGGACAAUGGCCGUAGACUCUGUUAAAACAUUGAUCUGAUUUGUUUUGCUUUAAACAUUUGUCUGCUUUAGGGGGAUUUCUCACAUUUAUGUACCUUUAAACUUCUUAUUUGUAUGUUUUGCUCUGUGCACAUGGCUAUUUGUUGUGUUUUAAAAGUUAAAAAUAAAUGGUUUUUGAACCAGUGUUUAUCUGUUUUUUUCUGUUUCACUUAACUAACUCACUAACUUAACUAAAAUGCAUUCCUUUAAUUUUUAACGCCUCGACAUUUGCACAUAAAAUUAUUCAGUUU